CCUCCCGCGGCACUCGCCCCUUUUCCCGCCAUGCUGCUGCAGCUGGGCCUCUCCGCUCUGGGCAGGCGCGCGUGGCGGCGGAAGCUCCUCUGCCUCUGGAAGCCUCCCUCUGCUGCCCCGAUGUCGACGCUGCUGGUCAACCAAGCGCCCUACGCCUGGCUCAAGGAGCUGGGCCUCCAGGAGGAGAACGCGGGCGUCUACAAUGGCUCCUGGGGAGGAAGAGGAGAGGUGGUGACAACAUAUUGCCCUGCAAACCAUCAGCCGAUAGCCAGAGUUCGACAGGCAAGUUUGGAAGACUAUGAAGAAACAGUAAAGAAAGCUCAAGAGGCUUGGCAAGUAUGGGCAGAGGUUCCUGCUCCCAAAAGAGGAGAAAUAGUAAGACAGAUUGGUGAUGCCUUGAGACAGAAAAUCAAAGUUCUUGGAAAUUUGGUUUCUUUAGAGAUGGGAAAGAUCACAGCUGAGAGUGUUGGUGAAGUUCAGGAAUAUGUAGACGUCUGUGACUAUGCUGUUGGCUUAUCUCGGAUGAUUGGUGGGCCUGUCUUACCUUCAGAAAGACCUGGUCAUGCCUUAAUAGAGCAAUGGAAUCCUCUGGGAUUAGUUGGAGUCAUCUCGGCAUUUAACUUUCCCGUUGCAGUUUAUGGCUGGAACAAUGCAAUUGCAAUGAUCUGUGGCAAUGUCUGUCUCUGGAAAGGUGCCCCCACAACAUCCCUCACUAGUGUCGCUGUUACAAAAAUACUUGCCCAGGUUUUGGAAGCCAACAAACUGCCAGGUGCUAUCUGUUCUCUAAUAUGUGGUGGAGCAGAUAUUGGUACAGCAAUGGCGAAGGAUGAAAGAAUUGAUCUGCUAUCCUUCACGGGUAGCACAAAUGUGGGCAAGCAAGUGGCCCUUAAGGUUCAGGAAAGGUUUGGAAGAUUUCUGCUGGAGCUUGGAGGAAACAAUGCGAUUAUUGUUUUUGAAGAUGCUGACCUGGACCUGGUCAUCCCAUCUACUCUGUUUGCAACCGUGGGGACAGCAGGCCAGCGAUGCACGACAACAAGGAGGCUGUUUUUGCAUGAAAGCAUUCACGAUGAAGUGGUCUCAAGACUUGCUAAAGCAUAUGUGCAGGUCCGCAUUGGAGAUCCAUUAGAUGCUAACACCCUGUAUGGCCCUCUUCAUACAAAGCAAGCAGUUCAGAUGUUCGUUGAUACCGUGGAACUUGCCAAACAACAAGGUGGCUCUGUGGUCUAUGGUGGGAAGGUUUUAGACCGUCCUGGAAACUACGUUGAACCUACCAUCGUGACCGGUCUUCCACAUAAUGCAGCUGUUGUGCAGACAGAGACAUUUGCUCCUAUUUUGUAUGUCUUAAAAUUUAAGACAGAAAAUGAAGCCUUUGCCUGGAACAAUGAAGUCAAACAAGGCCUGUCUAGCAGCAUCUUCACCAAGGAUUUAGGCAGAAUAUUCCGGUGGCUUGGGCCUAAAGGAUCAGACUGUGGUAUUGUAAAUGUGAAUAUUCCAACUAGUGGGGCUGAAAUCGGAGGUGCCUUUGGUGGCAAUAAACACACUGGUGGAGGAAGGGAAUCUGGGAGCGAUUCGUGGAAGCAGUAUAUGAGAAGAUCCACUUGCACAAUCAAUUACAGCAAGGAUUUGCCUCUUGCUCAAGGAAUCAAGUUCCAGUAAAUGCCUUUUGACGGUGCUGCCUUAGAUGAACUUGGUGUCUCUAUGAACCAAAGACCUGUUUGAUUUGAACCAGCAGAUCAUUGUAAUUGCUGCCAUGUUCACUUCAAGGAGAAAAACAAUUAUGGUGAACUUUGUUAUCAUUUCUGCAAUGUGUCUAGAACUCUGUACUCAAGAGUUAAAGUCAAGAAUCCAGUGGGGAAGAGAGCUUUUUAAAAAUCUAGCUGAGUCUUAGAUUAUGACUUCUGAAAUACUGAAAUGCUUCGUGUAUCUGCUGCGUUGGCAGCACGUUGGUUGCCAAAUGCGUUUGGAAAUAAUUCAUACAUAGUGGCAAUGCAGAAAUAAAAUGUCAAAAUUG